AUGAAGGCCUGGCCGGUUGAUCCACCCAAUGAAGGCCUGGCUGUCAAUACACCCAAUGAAGGCCUGGCUGUCGAUCCACCCAAUGAAGGCCUGGCUGUCUAUCCACCCAAUGAAGGCCUGGCUGUCGAUACUUCCAAUGAAGUCCUGGCUGUCAAUACACCCAAUGAAGGCCCGGCUGUCGCUACACCCAAUGAAGGCCUGGCUGGCAAUACACCCAAUAAAGGCCUGGCUGUAGAUAUGCCCAAUGAAGGCCUGGCUGUCGAUACACCCAAUGAAGGCCUGGCUGUAGAUACAACCAAUGAAGGCCUGGCUGUAGAUACACCCUAUGAAGGCCUGGCUGUCGAUACACCCAAUGAAGGCCUGGCUGUCAAUACACCCAAUGAAGGCCUGGCUGUAGCUCCACCAAAUGAAGUUCUGGCUGUCGAUCCACCCAAUGAAGUCCUGGCUGUCGAUACGCCCAAUGAAGGCCUGGCUGUCUAUCCACCCAAUGAAGGCCUGGCUGUCGAUACUUCCAAUGAAGUCCUGGCUGUCAAUACACCCAAUAAAGGCCUGGCUGUAGAUACGCCCAAUGAAGGCCUGGCUGUCGAUACACCCAAUGAAGGCCUGGCUGGCAAUACACCCAAUAAAGGCCUGGCUGUAGAUACGCCCAAUGAAGGCCUGGCUGUCGAUACACCCAAUGAAGGCAUGGCUGUAGAUACGCCCAAUGAAGGCCUGGCUGUAGAUACACCCAAUGAAGGCCUGGCUGUCAAUACACCCAAUGAAGGCCUGGCUGUAGCUCCACAAAAUGAAGUUCUGGCUGUCGAUCCACCCAAUGAAGUCCUGGCUGUCGAUACGCCCAAUGAAGGCCUGGCUGUCAAUACACCCAAUGAAGGCCUGGCUGUAGCUCCACCAAAUGAAGUUCUGGCUGUCGAUCCACCCAAUGAAGUCCUGGCUGUCGAUACGCCCAAUGAAGGCCUGGCUGUCUAUCCACCCAAUGAAGGCCUGGCUGUCGAUACUUCCAAUGAAGUCCUGGCUGUCAAUACACCCAAUAAAGGCCUGGCUGUAGAUACGCCCAAUGAAGGCCUGGCUGUCGAUACACCCAAUGAAGGCCUGGCUGUAGAUACGCCCAAUGAAGGCCUGGCUGUAGAUACACCCUAUGAAGGCCUGGCUGUCGAUACACCCAAUGAAGGCCUGGCUGUCAAUACACCCAAUGAAGGCCUGGCUGUAGCUCCACAAAAUGAAGUUCUGGCUGUCGAUCCACCCAAUGAAGUCCUGGCUGUCGAUACGCCCAAUGAAGGCCUGGCUGCAAGUGCACCCAGUGACAUACAUCUUGGAAUGGGAUUGGUUGGGUUAGGGUUGUUUUAUUUGUACAUGUUGUUGGUGUAUUUCAUACUGUAUCUCGUUACAUUUGUAAAUAUAAAGCAUUGACUGUAACUUAUGCAUUUUAGAUACAACUUUGAUUUUGUUUCUGUUAAGUUUUAUUGCCAGAAUCGAAUAACUAUGUUUGACCGAAUAUGGUGUAUGAAGUCCCAAUAUGUAGUGUGCCAAACUGUAAGAACUCAGAAAAAAAUCAGUUCAUCAAGAUCUUCUUCAAGUCAGACUAGGUCAGUUUGGUUUAAAACAGACUGGGCUAGGUUAGACACAUAGACCUGGGAUCAUACAGGGUUAGGUUAGACUCAUAGGUUUGGAAAAAGAAGCUUCAUGCAAGACAACUUGGCUGUUGUUUGCCAUCGUGUUCCCCAGGCUGAGGUCAGAGGGCCCGACCAGUUAUCUCAGGUGCCACACUUGGAUGUCUGACAUCGUGUUCCCCAGGCUGAGGUCAGGCGCCCAGUUAUCUGAGGUGCCACACUUGGCUGUCUGACAUCGUGUUCCCCAGGUCAGAGGGCCUGAUCAGUUCGGUUUGAAUUCCAGAUUGAUGAUGGUUAUGAUCCUUGGUUUGUCAGUACCAACCCAUGCUCUUGACAUGCCUUGAUGUGACUGAUAUUCUGUUCACAAGGGCACUAAACUCAACUCUCUCCCUCAAGCAAUGAUGAAUUUGCCAUGGUACUGAGAGCAGGUCAGCUCCAGGCACCGGUUUGAAGUUUAGCUACUUUUUAUGACAGUUUUUGAAAAGAUUGUAAAGUGUGUUGUCUUUCAUGUGAUUGCCUUCAAUACAGUGGGAAGUACAAGACUAGAUGUAGUGAUAGCAAGGAUGAGAGACAACAUUCCCUGGUGUUUCAGAGGGAAGUUUUAUGCAGUUCUUGAGAAGCCUUUGGUUGUAGAUUUUCCCAACAUUUCUUCUUUUGUCAAAUACAUAUGAAGAUGUGUUCAAUUCCAGUGUUGAUUAAUCAUAAUGUUAUGUGCAUUAGUAUCUCCUGAUACAAUGAAGAAUGGUGACAAGCAUGACUCACAAGCACUUAGACAGGGUCAUGUUUAGACAUAAUUUCUUAUUAUUUAUAAACCUCAACUUCACUGUUGUAAACUUGCUGCAAGAGAAGUUUGUUGGAUCAUAUGAUUGCCAAAGCACAGAGAACACUGAUGUAACUUAUUAGACCUAGCCAGUCAUUGUUGUCAUAGUAACUUACAAUCAAACUUGUUUUAAUGAUGUACAAUAUUUUUGUGAAAUCAUUUGUACAAGAUGAUGUUUUCCAGCAUGCCAAAUUACAAGUUAGGAGCCACUUGUCCUGGCGCCACUGGUGUCAGUGCCACAUAUGUAUGUUAAGAUAAGUAAAGAAGUGCCUCAGACCAAUAUUCAUAUUUCAGAUUCAUUGUUUCAACACAAUGGUAUAUUUUUCUUUAAAUGUGUAUCCAUUCAGGAUCCAGUUGUUAGGGUAUUCCAAAGAAUCUGUUACCAUGGUAAUCAGCAGAAUCAGUUACUAUCUUACUUUGGGCUAUGUUGAAUCUGUUGUCAUGAUGUAUGCAGACGAUUUUCACAUACUUGAAGCAGAUUUGAUCAGUGCUUGUUGUGCCAGUGCUUCGCUCAAUGCCGGGUAUGGCCAGCCAGGGAUGGUGAGGCUAUGCAAGACUUGCCCUUCCAGCUUAUUGGACAUGUGUUACUGUAGUUAAUGUAGGGUGAAGACCAAGGUGUUGACUGUAUCCAUGAUACAUAGGGGACCUGCUGCUUUUGUAUGUGUGUUGGGAUCAUAUUGACAUGAACACUGGUCAUGUUGACAUGAUGGUCAUAUUGAUGUGAUGGUCAUAUUGAUGUGAUGGUCAUGUAGACAUGAUAGACAUAUUGAUGUGAUGGUCAUGUUGAUGUGAUGGUCAUGUAGACGUGAUGGUCAUGUAGACAUGAUGGACAUAUUGAUGUGAUAGUCAUAUUGAUGUGAUGGUCAUAUUGAUGUGAUGGUCAUGUUGAUGUGAUGGUCAUGUAGACAUGAACACUGGUCAUAUUGAAGUGAUGGUCAUAUUGACUUGAUUGUCAUGUUGAUGUGAUGGUCAUAUUGAUGUGAUAGUCAUUUAGACAUAAUUGUCAUAUUGAUGUGAUGGUCAUGUAGACAUGAACACUGGUCAUAUUGACGUGAUGGUCUUUGUUACAUGAUGGUCAUAUUGAUGUGAUGGUCAUGUUGAUGUGAUGGUCUUGUUGACGUGAUGGUCAUAUUGACGUGAUGGUCAUGUUGAUGUGAUGGUCAUAUUGACGUGAUGGUCAUAUUGACGUGAUGGUCUUCUUGACGUGAUAGUCAUUUAGACCUGAUGGUCAUGUUGAUGUGAUGGUCUUGUUGACGUGAUGGUCAUAUUGACGUGAUGGUCUUCUUGAUGUGAUGGUCAUAUUGACGUGAUGGUCAUAUUCACGUGAUAGUCAUAUUGACGUGAUGGUCAUAUUGACGUGAUGGUCAUGUUGACGUGAUGGUCAUAUUGAUGUGAUGGUCAUGUAGACAUGAACACUGGUCAUAUUGAUGUUAUGGUCAUAUAGACAUGAUGGUCAUAUUGAUGUGAUACUCAUGUUGAUGUGAUAGUCAUGUUGACGUGAUGGUCAUAUUGAUGUGAUGGUCUCACUGAUAUAUGGUAAUAGUCACAUGGACAGUCCUUUUCAACAUGGUGGUAUUAAUAUGCAGGUCGUAUUGACAUGGGUGGGGAUUGAGAUGUCAUUGUUGUGCUCACUAUGGAGUUAAUGGCACCUGUUCCUCUGCUGGAUGUGCUGUCUGAACUGGGCAGAUGAACGCCUUGAGUUGUCUCUGUCAGACACGAGAACAUCUGGUGUCUCUGUCAAAAAUUUGAACUUUGCAUGUGUCUGCAUCAGACAUAACACCUGGUGUCUGCAUCAGACAUAACACCUGGUGUCUGCAUCAGACAGAUGAACACCUGGUGGGACUCCAGAAGCAUCAGUCAAACUAGUAGAACAUCUUUGUAUCCUUGUAGAACAUCAAACAAUAGUAUAUUUCAACUGGAAUAGAGGUGUGUUCAUCUCGCCUCUCAAUGAAUAAAGUUGAUUUUGCAAAUUA